AGUGUGUGUCGUAUCUUAUUGCAAUUGGUGCGGAUAACGAACAAGGAGUAAGAACUAAAGCAGCACAAAGAUUAGAGGAAAUUGACAGUAAAUACCCUGGAUUUGUUCAGGUAAUCUCGACACAGAUUUUGACAUCAAAAUUUACUUGUAUAAUUACAGGUCGUGUAUAGCAGGGGUUGAUACAGCGAUUCCCUGAUUUGGGUGCCCAAUGACUUUAAUCUUCAAUCCGAAAACUUUCAAUAUAACUUUGCCUCGAUUAAGUAUGUUCUCCAUUAAGGAUGUUCUCCUUGGAGGUGCAAAACGAUCUCAGGGGAGGUCCGAACUUCUCCCACGCCUCCCCUCAAAAUCUGAUUGAUUGGUUGCAGUAAAUUUUGGACGAGGCAGUAACAUAUACAGAAUGUUGAAUAAUUCACAAUUGCUGACAAUCGCGUUUUAACUGUGUUUUCUAGAUGAAAGCACUUGCAGGAGUUAAGAUGUCCUUUGACCUACAAAAAGUUCUUCAUAAGGUAUAACAGCUUUUCUUUCGAUUUUUAAAGAAAGAAAUUUAAAAGAGAACAGACAGUAAAACUGUUUUUGAUACCUGUGAUUUCCUUUUUUGUCAGGACGAACCGUUUGUACGAGGUUUCCGUGAAGAAAACACAAGUCUUCUGAGUCACCUUUACCUUAUUCUUCGCUCAAGUCGUCAACAUAGGCGUUCUUUCUUGUUAUCAUUACUGAGAAUGAUUGAUGACGAAAAAGUAUGUUAUAUUAUUUCUAAAUAAUAUUUAAAGUUGUGAAUAUUCUGCAUUACCUCUAAUGCGUUCUUCGCUCAUUAGUUUUGUGUAAAAGUCAUAGAAAUAAACGAACCUCGUGCCAGGCUCUUAGCGGCCAGUGUGUCAAAACUGGCCAUCCAAAAAUAUACCGUGAGUUGUAUGCUCAUAAUUCAGCGUCUUUUCGACAAAUAAGUAUCGAAACGAAUGCUAAAGUAAACAGCAGCUAGCUGACAAGUUUUGAAGAAUUCAAGAAAUAUCACAAAGUUUGCGAGUAGCUGUUUUAAAGGAACAUUUUCUUAGGCUGUCCAUGACCGUCUUUAUCUCACGCCAUUAUCUUGUGUGCUCGCAAGCAAAUUCGGGACGUGUCUUUUGUUCAAUUUAAGUAUUUUUUAUUUACUCUAUUUAGAAAAAUGGUUUAGAUAUGCUACUUUUUGUUGUGGAUACUAUGGCCUUUUUCCCGUACUCAACGUUAGAAGAACCUUUAUUUGUUAUACACAAUAUCGAUUCGAAACUGUCGUUCAGUGGCAUGAAUAUACUACAGUCGUUUCAACAGGUAACAAUAUUUCAAUUUUGUUAACAUGGCGUUUCAAAAUGUAUCUAUAAUGAUGUGUGCAUACCAAAAUUCAUAAAGAAUAAUGAAUUUUGUUAAAGGAUAUUGUGUAAUUUUAGGCCCUCACUCCAGUGCAAACCGAGAAUGGAGACGUACGUGAUGACGUGGAAGAUAAUGCUGAGAAAAUAUUCGGUAGGUUUUAUGUAGGAGUAUUUCGAAGUUGUUUGAUAGGAAUUUCAUCAUGAGGGACUGGUCAAACAGCUGCCACAUCACCAGAUUAUCUUUAAACAUGUAGCUUCAUUAGCCAUGAUCUGGAAACGUUCUAAUCUGAGGCGAAAUUCUAUUCAAACAAUUGCAAAAUGCAGAAAUUAAAACUUGGUCGUGCAAUAACCACUGUGCCUCCCUUAACAGAUUAUGUUGAUCCCUCAUCUAUGUGCAUGUUUCCUUUUAGAACGAUUACCAACUGAUUUGAAGCUACUCGAGAGUUGCUGGAAAUCAUGGCAAAACUGUAUGCUCUUGCUUCACUUACGACACCAUUUGAAGGAAACCUACAACUUACACGACAGGUUAGUUCGGUUUUCAAAAGACCUUACCGAUUAUUCUCUUUUACCCAAUGGCCUCAUUUGCAUGUUAACUUAUUUUAACAUGUCAGGGGCAGAUAAAGAUUAUAUUCCCAUGUUUUCCUGCACGAAUUUGUUUCUUACUGUUCUUAGGCUCGAUAACAAAGUAAUUUUCAACCCUACUAAGCACAAACCAUGAGUAAGUAUUUGACAUGAAAACGAGGCCACUGGGUAAAAGAGCAUAAUCGGUAAGGUCUAUUACACUAACUUUUUUAUCAACCUCCUGUUCCAGUAAAUGAUGCUCUAAUUAUACUAUCCUGGAUAUCUCUAUCGGUUCUGUCUAAACAGCUCUCUCUAAGCAGGCUUUAAAAUAUCGGUCGGUCACGGACAUUGUCCGACCCAUUCGUGAAAUUGUCCGACGUAGAGAGGAAACUACCGGACAUUCUGUCCGACCUAAGUGAAACUGAGGUUUAUUGUUUGUCCGACCUGAGUGUAUUUGUGUCCGACCGAACUAUAGCUUUGUCCAACGUAAAUCAAAAUGUACCCUAGCCCAGGACUAGAGGCUUGUAUGUUAAAUGGAAAAUCAGAGUACUAUUGUAUAAAAGGUGAACUGGAAAUGUUGUUUUAAUUAACGUAGUCGAGCGUGGGGCGGCGAGCGAAAUGGUGAAGUGGAAAACGGGCUUAAGUUGUCGAAGUCUUUUUUAAUACUGUUGCUCUGGAAAGCAAGUUAAUUUUGGCUUGGAAAUAAGUAUGAAAGAAACAAAUUAUUUAAUAUCUUCACAACAGUUACCGUUCAGAAUUAAUACAUUGUGCUGAUAUUCAUUUGUGUCAUUCAGACUUAUUUCCGAGUCAAAACUUAACUGAAGGUCAUCGGACAUAUGUGCAACCCAAACUCAACGUCAUCGGACAUUUUGUCAGACAGCCCUGUAAAAGAUAUUUUAAGGCCUGCUCUCUAGAGGUCCAGUAAAGGCCAGAACUGGUAAGGCCAGAAAAAACCUAACUGCGGUGUGGUGGUAUAGAGUCUAACUAGAAGAACUGUGCUCACAAUAACAUAACCAUCCUGUUAUGUAAUAAUGUUUUCUCAUGUAAUCCUGGAUGUAAUGAGCUUUCUUUCUCUUCCACUGCCUAAUUUUAUAUUCAGUGUGCAUUUAGUAAAUAUGGAAUGCUUUGAUAUAUUUGCAGCAAGUGUCGAAAAUAUUCACCUUCGGAGCCAAGUAAAGCAUAUGACAAAGCAAUAACGAGAAAACCUGGUGUUAAAUUUCAUCCAGGUCAACCAAUUUGUUGUCUUGAAUCAGGAUGUAUGUUGCCUUCCAGAGAAGAAUUCGUCGAGCAAUAUUUGGAGGUAAAGUGUGGGAAGAGCUCUUUUGAUAUAAAAUUCAAACAGAUCAUCAUUUUGGUAUGUGCUCUAUACAGCCCGUAUCAUUUUUUCUUUGUAUUACUGAAGUCUUAUAUUUGAGUGAGUAAACGUCGACCAAUAGAGGGAGCAACAACAAAAUGUGCUUCCCGAACCUGCAGCACCUGAUUAUAUAAUCAAGCCCCCAGCAGUGUGUAUUAGCCAUUAACCUCAUUUCUCUCUAGUUUAAAACGAUGAUUAUGAAUUUGGACAAAUCAGAAGAUGACAGUGACCAUGAUUCCACUGGUCGAGAGAGUCCAUCUGGUGAAACAGGCGGAGAAAGUUGUCAGGUAUUUUGUAAAACAUGUUUUGUUACUAAGUAUUCAUUCUAAAUUACAAACAGAAGUGUUUUAUGAAAUUUUGUUUUGUGUUUAGGAUACAGUUCAAAGCAAAGAAAAACGACCUGCAAAACCUCGAAAAACUCCAAGUAGGAAAACACCAUCAAGCAGCAAAGCAAGACCGAAGCCGAGAUCAAAGAAAAAACGCAAAAAAAUAUCCUUUCAAUAAAUUUCUGAAGCUAAGUCAUAUUCUCACUCAACCUCGUUCCCAGGCUCUUUGCUCUUGGGAAGCAAAGAGCCUGGGAACGAGGUU